AUGGACUUGGAGUUCGUGAAAAGGGUCGAAUUUACAAAGGUUGCUCGAUUACCCCAACCAUCCUUUGAUUUGCCGGAUCUGGCUGGAUACCCCCAGAUCAAACAGAUAAACACCGAGCUAGAGGGAGAACGAUAUAUUCAAUUGAACGUGCAAAACACGCCUGAAUGGAUAAACUACGUUUGUGAACUUCUGAAAAAGAGCGAUGCACUAGGGAUUGUUGCUAUUCUAGACUGUGCUUACCAGUUCGGGUCUGCUGAUAUAGUGAACUCUGGUCUUUAUCAGAUUAAAAAACAGUUGCAAAAAGAUAAUUCAGGCACGGAAGCAGGCGAGUUGCUAAAGCGAGUAGUUGUUUAUGACAAUUUUGAAAACCUUGGCGACGUGAACAAGUUGCUGAACAACAUCUUGGAUAUGAUACCGACACAGUUCCAGGAUCGACCUCUAAAUUGCAUCCUCGUCUCCAAUACAUCAAUUUUCUAUUGGAAUCUCCGCGAUGAGGAGAACUUCGACGACCUUGCCGAGCUCCAUCGCAUAUGCAGACAAUUAUCCUCGAAACUCGGGUGCUACGUGCUGUCGAGCCGAAGUCUCUUCGAGUAA